CUUAUUUUUAGUGACGUUUUUUCAUUUAGAACUUUGAUAGCUAUGGAGAGCUCCCUAAAGACAAACAUCUUUAACUCGGAAAACAACAACAUGUUUGAUAAGACAGCAACAAAAGAAAACGAUUUUUGGACGCUGGGAAAACUAUACAAACAAGAUGUGGAAAGUGCCAGCUUUAUGACUGCUUAUCCCACAUCGUUUCAAAAUAAUCGACUUUUCUUCAACGAUAAGAAGUACUUACCUAAUGAUAAUGGAAUAUCAAAAGAAGCUCAUGGAAGAUGUCUUUGUCAUCGAUUUGCCAGUGUUGUUGGAAACGUAUUGCCGUUGCUUGUCAAUGAAAAAUUAAACAGUUCCCUUCUUCUUCAUUGGAAAAAAUGGCUACCAGAAUUUUCUCUUGCAAAUGAAAAGUACUUGGAAGACGGAAUACGCGACAAAGAUAUGAUGAUAACUCUUUUUCCCAUUGAGAGCAUCGAUAGAAAGCACCAUGUGAUCGAUCCAGAUAUGCAUUACAAGAUCAUGUUGAAAAGUGAGAUACCUUGCUAUGGAGCAUCGAAUCCGAAGUAUUUCACCCAAAAUAAUACUUCAUUUCCAUGUCUUGUGAAGGUUGACCAAUGUUCCAGCGGCUAUGGUCAAAUGUUGGCACGUGACAGCAAAGAGUUGAGUGAAAAUAUCAAAAGUAUUCAGAAAACUUACGGUGAAGCAGUAACUUAUUCUAUCAUGGAUUACAUAGAAAAUGUUACACAGACUCUCAAUGGACAGUUUUAUCUGACGAAAACUGGUUGUAUUCAAUGGUUGGGCUCAAACACGAACCUCAUCAAGGAUUUUGUCUUCCAUGGAACAGUUGUUGACUGGGACGUGCAAGAUAAACAAAAGAAUCAAAUGUACAAUCGUUUUGUUGUACCUGUCGCAAAUUAUCUUUGCAAGAAGGGAUAUUUUGGAAUAGUUGGAAUUGACAUCAUAUUGAGCCCUACGGGAGACUACUUGGUAGACGUAAAUCCUCGUCUUAAUGGAUCUACACCACAAAUUCUUAUUGCACCUUACAUGGCUAAAAGACACGGCUUGACCAAAUCCGUUUAUGUAAAAGGUAAAUUUCCAAGCAAAAUCAAUACAGAAAAUCUUCUUACAAAGGUAAACAAUGCAAACGAAAACGGCUUUAGUAAAACGGUGGUACUUGCUGUGCACAACAGCGAAGAUGGUGGUGAAAUUUUUGCUGUUGCAUUCGACGAGAGCAUCGCUGGAGCUGUGUUGCAAUUAAGUAACAUUAUUGAUUCAUUUGAUGGCAGCAUUGCUGAAGCCCUUUCACUGGUAAAAGAUGUUUAGAAUUUGAAAGAAGGAAAAGAACAUUGAAAUAACAAUUUUAACACUAGUCUUAACUAUUUCAUUGCGAAGCCAGGCAAUUUUAAACUUUUCUCGAAUAUUUUUGUUACUUUUCUGCACGAUUUUGCCUUCAAUUAAUUAAUAGAUUUAAUACGUCAUGCCUAUAAUGGAUGUUAUUGCUAGGCGUUUUAAAAUAUAUUUGCCACUUUAAA